CUUUCUUUAUAGAACUACAGAUUCUAAAAAUAAAGUAUCGAUAGGCUUAUCCUUUUGCCUCUCCUUCUCCGGGGACAGAAUUCGUCGAGUUAAAUCAGCAGAAUAAGAAAUCCCAAGUUUUUUGUUGAUCAGGCGACACCCAGAUUUGAACUGGGGAUAAAGGAUUUGCAGUCCCCCGCCUUACCACUUGGCCAUGUCGCCAAACCAAAUUCGAUCCAAAUAAGAUAAAAAAUAGAUUUCUGGUCAAAGACUGAAAAAUUCAGGGCAAAUUGGAACCAUUAACUAUUUGUUUUGUUGUUUUGAAUUAGCGAAAGGUUCUUCAAUUUGUAUCUCAAAUUGUUGCGUUUCCUUAAUGGCAUAACAAAAUCAAAUUGAUUUAUGACUAAUUCAGUAUCAAUUAUUUUCAAUAAUCAAUCUUUUUCAAUUUCAAUUAUAACAAUAUAAAUUAUAACAAUAUAUAUGUGUAUAUGUAAACCUCAAAACAGAAAUUGUUACACAGAUACCGCUCUUAUGUACAUAUCCCAUAUCCCUAUAGAGAAUCGUCGUGCCUUCUUUUUUCAUUUUCUAUAUGCAAUAGAAAAAAUAGGAAUUAUGAUAUAGUGCGACCUGACUUCUGUUGCCACAAGUGAAAUUACGAUAAAAGAUGUGAUAUGCGGACAGGUAGAUAGCUAUAUUGGCAUGCACUUAAUAAAUAUUACUCCUAUUACGCAAUUCAAUCAUAUUCUAUAUAUUCUACUAGCAAAAAAAUAAUUCGAAAUUUUUUUUGAACAUGAAAUGAAACUCAAAUAAAAUUAAGUAUGCUAAAAAGGGAAACUCUAUAUUGUUCCUGUUGUACCUGUCGCAAAUUCGAACUUGCGUCGAAAAUGCUCUUCAUUCCUCUGUCUCAUUUCCGUUCAUACGUAUGAAAUACAUAUAUGGUAUAUGGAGUUGGCUAAAAUUUCAUGUGAUUCAGUAAACAGAAUAUACAUUCCAUCAUUGCUAGAUCGAUCCGUAUGGUUCGAUAAAUAGUGAGCUAAUAAUGGGAUUUUUCAAUAAACAGGAAACUUAAGAUUAAGAUGCUCCGGAAUGAUGGAAAUGAGGGAAUGUCCACAAUACCUGGAUUUAGUCAGAUCCAAUUUGAGGGAUUUUGUAGGUUCAUUAAUGAGGGCUUGACGGAAGAAUUUCAUAAGUUUCCAAAAAUUGAAGAUACAGAUCAAGAAAUUGAAUUUAAAUUAUUUGUGGAAAGAUAUCAAUUGGUAGAACCCUUGAUAAACGAAAGAGAUGCUGUGUAUGAAUCACUCACAUAUUCUUCUGAAUUAUAUGUACCCGCGGGAUUAAUUUGGAAAACCGGUAGAGAUAUGCAAGAACAAACCGUUUUUAUUGGAAACAUUCCCCUAAUGAAUUCCCUGGGAACCUUUAUAGUAAAUGGAAUAUACAGAAUUGUGAUCAAUCAAAUAUUGCAAAGUCCUGGUAUUUACUACCGUUCAGAAUUGGACCAUAACGGAAUUUCUGUCUAUACCAGCACAAUAAUAUCAGAUUGGGGAGGAAGAUCGGAAUUAGAAAUUGAUAGAAAAGCAAGGAUAUGGGCCCGUGUAAGUAGGAAACAAAAAAUAUCUAUUCUAAUUCUAUCAUCAGCUAUGGGUUCGAAUCUAAGAGAAAUUCUAGAUAAUGUUUGUUACCCUGAAAUUUUCUUGUCUUUCCCGAAUGAUAAGGAGAAAAAAAAGAUUGGGUCAAAAGAAAAUGCUAUUUUGGAAUUUUAUCAACAAUUUGCUUGUGUAGGCGGGGAUCCGGUAUUUUCUGAGUCUUUAUGUAAAGAAUUACAAAAGAAAUUUUUUCAACAAAGAUGUGAAUUAGGAAGGAUUGGUCGACGAAAUAUGAACCGGAGACUGAAUCUUGAUAUACCUCAGAACAAUACAUUUUUAUUACCACGAGAUGUAUUGGCUGCUGCGGAUCAUUUGAUCGGAAUUAAAUUUGGAAUGGGUACACUUGACGAUAUGAAUCACUUGAAAAAUAAACGGAUUCGUUCUAUAGCGGAUCUGUUACAGGAUCAAUUCGGACUGGCUCUUGUUCGUUUAGAAAAUGCGGUUCGAGGAACUAUAUGUGGAGCAAUUCGGCAUAAAUUGAUACCGACUCCUCAAAAUUUGGUAACUUCAACUUCAUUAACAACCACUUAUGAAUCGUUUUUUGGCCUACAUCCUUUAUCUCAAGUUUUGGAUCGAACUAAUCCAUUGACACAAAUCGUUCAUGGGCGAAAAUUGAGUUAUUUGGGUCCUGGAGGAUUGACGGGGCGAACUGCUAGUUUUCGGAUACGAGAUAUUCAUCCUAGCCACUAUGGACGUAUUUGUCCAAUUGACACGUCCGAAGGAAUCAAUGUUGGACUUAUUGGAUCCUUAGCCAUUCAUGUGAGGAUUGGCCAUUGGGGAUCUAUAGAGAGUCCAUUUUAUGAAAUAUCUGAAAGAUCAAAAGAGGCACAGAUAGUUUAUUUAUCACCAAAUAGAGAUGAAUAUUAUAUGGUAGCAGC